GCCAGUCAGUAUCAUAUACGGUCAGUCGCGAGUGCAGCAGAAAAUGCAACCGGUAUGCAUUGUGCGGUAAUCGUCUGGCUCACGUCGAACUGUGCACGUAUAACUGAAAGGCGUGAAGUCAUCGAGCAAACCAGAGGUGUUUGUUUGUGUCUCGCUCGCAUAUGUUAGUGUACGUUGAAGGAAAUCCGCUGCCAUCCAUGAACUGCAGACAAAAGUUGUAGCUGCCGCAAAGCUGUUGCCAUUGGCCCUGGAAGAAACGCACUAUGUCGGCAAAUAAAACAAAGAAGGUCAAAAUGGCUACUAAAUCUUGCCCUGAAUGCGACCAACAGAUUCCAGUUGCAUGCAAGUCCUGCCCAUGUGGUUAUGUGUUUAUUAGCAGAAAACUCCUAAAUGCUAAGUUAAACGAACGCUCUUCUCCAGCAAUAGCAGACAAGUUUGACUUUAAGCGGAGGAGGACAGAGCGCAUCCGCAGAGAGAGGAUCGACUCUCCUUUAACUCACGACAUGGAGAACAGGAGAAGACCUCGAACCAAUAGCCAGUCAGAUCCCAUCCGAAGGGGACGGGGCAGACCAAAAACAGUGGGGCUGAAGAAACAUGAAGAGGAGAAAGAGAAACAAGAGAAGGAAGUGGAUAUUUAUGCCAGUCUCUCUGAUGAAAAGGCCUUUGUGUUUUCUGUGGCUUUGGCUGAGAUCAACCGCAAGAUCUUAGGUCAGAGACUCAUCUUAUAAAUUAAAGCCUGAGCAGACAAACCGAGCACAGAGGACCUAACAAGUAGCAAGAGAAUGACCAAAGAGAGAACAUCUAGCUGGGGCUGGACUUUGACUUGGGCUUCUUUAAACUGGAAAAUGGGACAAAAUUCAGAGAACUGAAAGAAGUCGGUUCUUUAACACCAUAAAUUAACCACAGAUAUAUAGACAUACAGACAGGUCACAAAUUAAAGAAAACACAGAGAUGGGCUCUAAUGAUGCUGUUGUGCUGUGGGGGGAUGUGCAGAUGUGCUUUCAGUCCAGUAGUUCCCCGUUAGAGUGAAAGGUCACUGCAAAUCACUAGAAGUUGUUCUAUGGGACCUUCAUCCUGUGAUGACACCUUUCUGUCCUGAUGGGAGUGGUCUCCUCCAGGACGUCAAUGCCCCUAUCCAUAGGGAAGUGGUUAGAAUAACGAUAUUAUAAAAAAAAAAAUGUGAAUCAGCACCAUAAAAACACCAAAUAAGGGAAUAUCAUCUGUAUCUAGUUCAUCUGUAUAAAGCUCUUCUGGUGGCACAUGAUGGACUAAGAACUUAUGUGGGGUUUUUCUUUAACUUGUCACUCAACUAUAUCUUUCUGUACAAAAAUGUGAGUAUAAUGUAAAUGUUGUAUGACACACGCUGUUCUUUAUAGAACCAUGUAAUAAAGGCGAUGUUUGAUGUCA